GUCCCUGGGUGAGGUAAACACUGCCGGGGAGGAAGAAGAAGAGGAGGAGGUGCACGCGCCGCCUCCCGCCGCCCCGCACUCACAUUCAGUCACACACACCUUCCCCUCGCCUCCCUCGGGCCAGCCACACACCAGUACUCUCUUCCCCGCGAGCAACGCCACCAGGACAUAUUUUCACCGGCAGCGGCGUCUUUACACGCACAGUUUCUUUGACCUCAUUACGCACAGCAGCAGUCCCCGCGUGUUGUCCUGCUGACCUCCGCUGACCCCUGCUGACCUCCACCAUGGCCAAGUGGGGCGAGGGUGACCCGAGGUGGAUCGUGGAGGAGCGGCCUGAUGCCACGAACGUCAACAAUUGGCACUGGUCUGAGAAGAAUGCCAGCGGAUGGAGCAAAGCCAAGCUUAAGUCACUCUUUGAGGGACUUCAGUUAGAGGAUCCUAACCUCUGCACAGUUACCAUCAAGGAGAUGACUAAGUGUGAGGGAGAAGCCACAGCCAGUAAUCGUAAAGGGAAACUCAUCUUCUUCUACGAGUGGGUGCUUACCAUGGACUGGAGCGCCUGUCUCCUGGCUGACCCCAAGCGUGAUGUCAAGGGCACCCUAGAGAUCCCCAACCUGUCCGAGGAGAAUGAUCCGCAUGAGAUAGAUGUGACGGUUGUGGUGACGGCCGGCGGGUCGGGUGGUGAUGCAGCAAAGGAGUUCAUCCGAAAGAAGGGAAUUGUUACCAUCCAGUCCAAGAUCAAGGAGUACAUCGACACCCUCAAGCAAGAGUAUGCCACAGACCUGAUCAAGCCCACUAAAGGUCAGGCGGUGACCAAACAGACGAAGACCAUCGUCACCUCCACCACGCCGACCUCCAACACACCGCCCACUGUCAACUCGACAGCCAAUGAAGUUGAGAAGAUGGAUCUGGGAGUCAAGAUCAGAACCUCUCAGCUCACCCUCAACCAAACCUUCAAGUGCACUGCUGAUGAACUUUACCGUGCACUCACCCAGCGGGAGAUGGUAGCUGCCUUCACUCGGGGAGAUGUCAAGCUGGAGGUGGAGAAGGGGGGGAAGUUUGAAUUCUUCGGAGGAAACAUCUCCGGGGAAUUUGAGGAGCUAGUGCCCAACAAGAGAAUAGUGCAGAAGUGGAGGUUUAAGUCCUGGCCCAGCGGUCAUUACUCCAAGGUAACCCUCGAGAUAGACCAAAAGGAUGACUGCACCGAGAUACAACUCACCCAGACUUCUGUGCCUGCUAGUGAGUUGGAGAAGACGAGGGAAGGGUGGAGGAACUACUACUGGGAGAGUAUUAAGAGAACUUUUGGCUUUGGUGCCAUUCUCCUCUGAACUUAGAGAAAAGGAUGUUACUAUUUCUACCACCACCGCCACUAACGAUGCUUCCGCCAUCACCACCACCACCACUACCAGUCAUUGCAACCACAACGGCAACGACUUGGUUUCUUUCUUAUUUAAAUGUGUGUAAUUACUGCCACUGCCACUACUUUUAAUGUCUUGGUUUCUGUAGAUAAAAGGUUCCUCAGAACUAUGAUACACAUACUUUUGUUUCACUGUGUAGAUAUCCAGAAUUGUAAGUUCAGUAUUUCAGUUUCAUCUUGGCUGUUGUGCACAUAAGCACACACAACGCAGACAAUCUUUCUUGCUAUAUAAGGUACACUUUUUCCUCCAGUAUAUUAACUUUUUGAUCUUCCUGUGCAAUUUCUUGUUUAUUUAAUAGUUUGAGGUAGAGCUACACACUUGAAGUGACUGGCCCAUACACAACUUUCUUUAGAAUGGUCCUAAAAUGGAGUAUACAUUUCUAUGAAGGAUGCAUGUUGAUGCUUAAUGAAAAUAACAAAUUUGUAUGAGCUAAUGCGGAUGUGUUGUUGGAUGUGUUGGCAGGUGGUGACGUGGAGCGAGCCGUGCUUAAUCCUGCAGAAUGAUAAUUUUUUGGUGUGCACACAUAAAAAUGAGGGAACUGACUUCUAAGUAGGGCUCACACGACUCUGCAGAGCAUAUCAAUUGACAGUUCUUAAGCCAAGGACCUUGAAAAAAAAGAAGUAAUAUUGACCCUUUCUUCAUUUGACCCUUGCUACUUGCAAGGGCUUUGUACCCCACAAGCCUAUCGUACUAUGCUUUGUAAUUAUUAUUAAACAUAGUGCAAUAUGUAGAUCUGAAAGAGUGUAAGACUAAAAGUUCAAAAGUCCUUAACCCUGACACACUGGUUAUUGCAGAGUGUACUCCUGCAGUUCCAUAAUUUUUUGUGUGUUUACACAUGUGACUCUGCAAAGCAGUGGGUCUCAAUGUCCUUGCACUCGCCACCCAUUUCUAAAAAUCUUGAAACCCAUGCAACCCCCUGAUAUCAGCAGUUUUACACAUUUUUAUAUUUAUUUUCUCCCACACCUAGCCCUGACAUGCCCCAAGAGACACACUGAUGUUCCCUCUCAACACUUACCAGCAGGAGCACACACCACCAGCAGAAUAAAAGCAUAAACAACAAUGCCAAAAGAGCCUAUAAACACUUCACCUGGCUAUUUCUAGCAAGGCUUUGCAAGGCCCUCCCCACCCACCCCCCAGGCAAUCCUCCACAACCACCUGGUUGGGAACCCCUGCUGUAAAGCAUAUCAUUUGAAAGUUCUUUGAGCUGAUGCAAGCUCUGCUUCUUUGUCAUGAAGACCUAGUAUGCUAAUUAAGUUUGGUAAUCAAAUUAAGCCCACUGCUGAGUCUAUUACCCCUACAGUAAACAGAGGAAUAAGAGCAAAGUGCAAACUAAACUUCACUCAAACCUUCCUGAAAAACUGUCGGAUGAAAGUUAUUGUCAGUCCAUGAAUCAAAUAAUUUUGGAACAAUGGUUGCAAAGCUUUUUUUCUUUCAACCCAAUUUGGGCCUUGCAGUAUCUUCAUAAUCCCGGUGCAAGACAAUUGAUAGCAGUUAAAGGCUCUUGGUAGCACUACAUGUAAUGUGGCACAGUACUUAUCUAUCUGCCUGUUCAGUGGUGGUGACCCUACACUGUCAUAACUUGUACAUUGAUGAACUUGGCAUUAGAGAACACAACAGCAUGGCUGUGCUUGGUCACAGCCGUUCAUCAUAUCCAAGAAGCGUUACCGACCAAUAUUUUAAGAAAUUAAAAUGCUUGUCCAGCUUCACCCCACGAAGGUACUCAGCAGUUCAGUCAUACUAAGGCAGGCAAGGCUUUGACAUUAUUAAUACAUUGAUGUGUGCCAUUUGCUAAUACAAAAAAUUGCUAGCCUGAAUUUGACAGUGAUGAAUAGAUGUGCAACACUGACCAUAAAUCAUAAUACAGUUUCCUCCUUCUGUGGCAGAUUGCUCAAAUCAUGGAAAGCUUAACCUGCAUGACUGUGUGCUUUGUAUGCCCAUUAGAGGAGAACUUCUGGUCAGCAAGUUACUUUAAACAUCAAAAAUUAUUUGGGGAUGUUUCUUGCAUGAAUAAUUAAUUAUUUUAUUUUUAAACUCGAUUCAGCUUAGGCUGCCUGUACCUCAAGUGCUGUGAACAAAACCUUAUAUUUUGAAAAGUGUCUUGAAUUAUAGAUAUCUCAUACCAAAUCAUUUUAUGUCAGGGAAUGACUAAACCAUUUAGUGUUCCAAAAUUUAGAUUUCAUUAACCCGUGGUUUUCGGCUAUGGGGAAGCCGAGAAGUGGCCCAGAAACGACAAAAUUACACUGCAUUUUGAAACUAAGAAAAGAGCAUGGAACGUACAUCAGAGUACUCCUCUCAUAACCAUAAAGCCGUUAGAAAUAUUUACUUUUACUCAAGCUCCAUUCUUUUUGGGUGGUGUUUGUUUCAAAAUAAACAGUCUUGUGAUGCUUGGCAUGUAGCUGAGAGUUGCUUGUUGUCUACUAUAGAGAAUUUGACAAGUGAUUACUGUAUGGAUAGCUAAUUCAGUCUGCCAUGACCUUACACCACCACCUAUGACAAAAAAGCCCACCGCAAGAUCACUCACCCACCACAAUGACCUAGGGCAUCAUGGUGAGUUGCGGUAUGUCACCACUGCCUACAAUUAGCUCGAAUUAGGUGUUUUAUGGUGAGCCAUUUUUAGGGUCCACCGUACCACAGCCACGACUCGCGAAAGCCCUGAAAAAGGUCUGCCGACGUUCUCGGGUUAAAUGUAUAGUUGUCACGACAUAGAAAAAGAAACUUGAGAUUUCAAUCACUACCCCUGUUUGAGACAGUGAUCAAAAGGGUUGGAGAAACAGGCAUUUAACUUGACUGAGGGAACCCAGAAGUGACAAAAAAAUGGGUUUAUGGUGUGUGACAGUUAAAAAUUUGUUCAAUGUGCCAUCCAUUAUAAUGUUUUGAAUUAAUGUUUUUAUUGAUCGUAAAAAUCUCGGUUGUCUUUUUGUCAGCGUUCAGAUUUGUCUUAACUUUUUUGGGGUAAUAUUGUCAAUAAUUUGUAGAAUAAAAAAGAAAUAAUUGAUUAUUGUGUGUAUGCUAUUUUUCAUGCACUCUGUAUUGUUAAGUUUUGUGAAAAUUUAUAUGGCCAGGCUUCCUUCUUUAGUGACUCAUUCAUACCCAUAAUUUUAUUUUCUAGACUCCAAGUUGUUUAUGUAUUUCCAUCAUGUAUAUCCACUGUAAACUAACUGAUUUUCUAAGAAUCAAGCCAGUAUCACAGAGUUCAUCACACCUUUAUAUUUUUAUAUAUUUCAACUUAUUUAUUAUCUGUGAUUUUCCUCUGGGAAGUUCAGUACCUCGUGCUGGGCUUGCCCCUUCCUGGUGUACGCACUUUGUGGUGGCGUGCACUGUGGUGGCCCAAAACUAUUACAUCGCUGGGUUAAGUCUCCCCUGAUGCUUGUGUGCUUGCUUCCUGUGGCUCUGCCUUCCACUCGUCUGUACUACACUAUUGGGGAAGUUAUUUUUUCAUUAUUCGUACUGACUUGUAGGAUGUUUUAAACUCAAUAUUAAUUGAGCCAUUUUGACUAUCCACCAUUGCUACAGGAAGUGGUGUAACAAUGACAUUUUCAUGCGAUGAUUUACUAUUAUGUGGUAGGCUGGGAGUGGUGGUCUUACAUGCAACUUGCCUUCCCCUUCCCAGCACAGCCCAGUGACCUCUGAAGAAAGGAUGUGAUAGGGAGGGGGUCAGCAGAGCAUGAUGGGUAGUGAGUGGCUGAGCCGUGAUGCCAUUGGUCAACAAGACUUAGAAUAUUUAUUGCAUUUUCAUUCAAACAUAUACACUACAUACACACACAAUAAAAUAUACAGAAAUGA